GUGAGACGGGAACCUGUAAAGCGGAUCUGACACGGAACAAUACAGCGCACUGGUUUCGGUAUACUUACGGUGCCCUGAAUCAGUGCGGAAGCCUCGUUAAUACGGGACGUUGUCGCAGGUUUCUUUGGUCGGCUGGUUAAAGCCCUGCAGGUCAGGGCUGCGUGGGCCGGGGCCGGUGCGUUGAGAAGAAGCAAAACCAGCUGCCUGCAGCUUCCUGUCCAGUAUGGAGCAUUGACAGUCUGCGCCACAGACAGACGAGCGGACACCCUGAUGGGGCACUGGACCAGGGGGGAGCCCCGGCUUUUUUAGGGAAAAUGCAGGAAGCAUCAGAAGAUAUAUCCACUGGAGGGAUUUUUGAGUCCCAUAGCCAUUGAUUUGGGUCCACUAACAAUCCAUGUAAUGGCGCAGAGCAGCCACCAGCUGGACAUCCAGGUAUUAAAUGAUCUCCAGCAGCGCUUCCCUGAGAUUCCACCGGAUGUGGUGUCUCAGUGCAUGUUGCAGAACAACAGCAACAUCGAUGCCUGUUGCAGAGCCCUGACACAAGAGAGCUGCAAGUACCUGUACAUGGAAUGUCAAAAUGUGGAUGACACGAGACUGAACAGUAAUCUUUUGCACAUCAACCUUGGAAUCCAUCCUAAUGCCAAUUACCAGCUGGGAGAUGGCAAGCAGGUUAAUGGCCGCCCUCUGGUUCACAGCUCGAGUGAUGGGCACAUUGACCCACAGCAUGCUUCAGGCAAAUUUAUCUGUUUGGUUCAGGAGCCCCAUUCUGCUCCAGCUGUUGUGGCACAAAACUACAAUCCAUUCUUUUUGAAUGACCAGAGUCGAAAUUCGCCAACCCCACCGCCACAGUCUCUUCAGCAGCCAGGUGUCAGCACGCCUGCUAUGCAAUCUCCUCUGCCUACUUAUAUGCACAUACCUCGCUACAGUACAAAUCCAAUAACUGUAACAGUAUCGCAGAAUAUACAGUCUGGUCACAACGUGCCCAGGGCUUUACAGAUACUUCCUCAAGUUCAAAAGAAUCCCUAUGGGACCCCCGGUUCUAUUUACAUUAGACAGUCUUCUCAAAAUUCUCCUGGACGGCAGACUCCACAGAGCACGCCUUGGGCUACCUCUCCGCAAGUUUCUCCGUACAGUCCUUGUCCACUUCCUCUUUAUCCGCCAAGCUAUCAGCCUCCACAGUAUUCGCCUAAACAGACUCAGAUUUCGCAAUCUGCUUUUCGUUCUCCUCCUACAUCUCAGUGCACUUCUCCCUACAAUUCCCCACAGCACCAAGUGCAGCCAAACCAGCUGAGCCACCAGACAUCACAGGUCUUCAUGCCACCCAGUCCAUCAACUGUUCCGCCUCACCCGUAUCAGCAAGCACCCCCUGCUUAUCCAAAGCAAAGUAGCCAUUCAGUAUCCUAUCUUCCCUAUGGAUCUGGUCUUAACAAGGGGUCUAUGAACAAGAUAGAAAUCACAGUCGAGUCGCCACAGAGACCUGGAAGUGCAAUGAACAGAAGUCCCUCGCCAAUAAAUAAUCAGUCUUCCCAAAGGAAUCCUCACCCUGUUUAUGCAUCAAGUACACGGUCCGGCUCGCCUUCCAGAGGGAUACCCAACCAGCCAAAGCCUCCCUACAGUGCAAACCCAUUGUAUAUUACCUACAGCCAGCCACCCGCCACCCCUGGCUCUCAGUCUCCUUCUUCACGUGUGCUGAUGUCUCCGUCAAAUCCAACCGUUUUUAAAAUUACAGUUGGACGUACCCCCACUGAAAAUCUUUUAAACAUUGUGGACCAAGAACAACAUCCUGGAGCGCCAGAACCUAUACAGCCCAUCUCCUUGAUGCCAACUUCGGGUGUAGAGAAAGGAAUCCAUAGCUACAAUAGGAGCACUAGUUCUGGUUCAGACGAUUAUGCCUACACCCAAGCCUUAUUGCUUCAUCAAAGAGCAAGAAUGGAAAGACUAGCUAAAGAGCUGAAAAUGGAAAAGGAGGAGCUGGAGAACCUGAAGGCGGAGGUGAAUGCGAUGGAACACGAUCUCAUGCAGCGGCGCCUUCGAAGAGUGAGCUGUACAACGGCGAUUCCUACUCCAGAAGAAAUGACCAGAUUGCGAAACCUCAAUAGGAAACUCCAAAUUAACAUAGAUUGUACCGUGAAAGAAGUAGACCUGCUGCAAUCAAGAGGAAUGGGAAAGCUUGAUGUGAAGGCGAUGAGUAACUUUUACGAAAACCUGGCUCCUGGUCCCGCUGUACCCCCAAACACAUGUAAAGCCGAACCCUCAGAUUCCGCUUCAGGGGAAAGGAAAGCCAGAAGAAUAAGUGUGACCUCAAAAGUGAAGGCUGACCCUCCAGAGUUACCUACUGCAGGAUCUCCGGAUAUUGUCCAUAGACAGAAGUCCAGCCCAAGGCCGGCAAGAGAUGAAGACUUUGAAGGGUCUCCGUGGAAUUGCAAUAGUUGCACGUUCCUCAACCACCCGGCACUAAACCGCUGUGAGCAGUGCGAGAUGCCUCGGUUCACCUGAGUCCGCUGCAAACGGCUUCACUUUGCUUGAGGUUUUGUUUUAUAUCCAGAUACUAUCUAGCAUGCAAAAGGAAGUAAGGGACCUUACUGUAUUCAGACGUACCCGCAAGCUGAGCCCAACUCCAGUGGUGCUGCUGGAAAGAUGUUGGUUAUAGAUGAGACAGGCAGAUGAAAGUCAAUGUCUGGACAGCCCUGUUGGUAAUCUACCAAAAGUCUCUCUGCUUAGGUGAUGCAUGUCUCAAGAUGCAGGCCAAUAGGUUACCAUUGUUUGUUCUUCAGAAGCUAGAACAUUCUACUUAUGGGAGCGAGGGGUUACCGAUACAGACCAAUUUCUUUGGACUUAAGCAGAACUCUUAAGGAAAAUGAAAUCUUACUUCUGCUUUCCAGAGGUAUCCUGCUGAAUGAAGACUGUGGUUGGGAGCUAGUAUUGUCGCAAAAUGCUAUUUUAUGAUGCUUAUACAGAGAGAAGUAACUGCUGCUUUCUUCAGGGUAAUUAUGUCCAAAUUCUUGUUUAUAAGAAGUUGCGGGGGAGAAAUAAAGGAUUUAGCCUUACCUUUUUAGAGCACAUUAUCUGAAGUGUUAUUUCAGCCCCUUUGUUUAUUCUGUGUCGAGCAAGCUGUACCAACCAACUACUGGUUAUGUUCACAAUCUUAGUAUAUAUAUAUAUAUAGCAAAGGCUGAAGAUGGAAAUAUUGCUGCAUGUAUUCUCUAUCUUUAUCUCCUAAUGAAAUGAUUCCUAAAAGCUUGGAGGCACCUUGAACAUCACCACCCCAGAAAAGAAA